CUAGAUUGGAAACUUGAGAAUAUUCCAAGAUGUCGGCCUACGAGGCAACCGGUGGAGCCGUGCCGGACUGGCUGAACAAAGGUGACAAUGCAUGGCAGAUGACCUCCGCCACGCUGGUGGGUCUCCAGAGCGUGCCGGGGCUGGUCAUUCUCUAUGGGAGCAUAGUGAAGAAGAAGUGGGCUGUCAACUCGGCCUUCAUGGCCCUUUACGCCUUCGCCGCCGUCGUGCUCUGCUGGGUGUCGUGGGGCUACAAGAUGUCGUUCGGAGAGAAGCUGUUGCCAUUUUGGGGGAAGGCAGGGCCUGCCUUAGGGCAGAAGUUUCUGCUCAAGCAGGCUGCUCUCCCCGCCUCCACACAUUACCAUGCCAACGGCGACCUCGAGACCGCCAUGGUCACGCCGCUUUAUCCGAUGGCAUCACUAGUAUGGUUCCACUGUGUAUUUGCGGCCAUUACACUGUUACUGUUGGCGGGGUCGGUGCUGGGGAGAAUGAACUUCAAGGCGUGGAUGAUGUUCGUGCCUCUGUGGCUGACGUUCUCGUACACAGUCGGUGCGUUUAGCAUGUGGGGCGGAGGGUUCUUGUUUCAUUGGGGAGUCAUGGACUACGCCGGCGGCUACGUUAUUCAUCUUUCUUCUGGAACGGCUGGUUUUGUCGCUGCUUACUGGGUAGGACCGCGAGUGAAGAAGGACAGGGAGAGAUUCCCACCAAACAACGUACUGCUGACGUUGGCCGGAGCAGGGUUGCUGUGGAUGGGAUGGGCCGGUUUCAAUGGCGGAAGUCCGUACUCGGCCAACUUAACCUCCUCCAUGGCUGUCGUCAACACUAACAUCUGCGCCGCCACGAGUCUGUUGGUAUGGACGUGGCUCGAUGUCAUCUUUUUCAACAAGCCCUCCGUCAUCGGAGCAGUCCAGGGAAUGAUUACCGGCCUCGUCUGCAUAACUCCUGCUGCUGGUCUUGUACAAGGGUGGGCAGCAAUAGUGAUGGGAGUAUUGUCAGGCAGCGUGCCAUGGUUUACCAUGAUGAUCCUAGACAAAAGGUGGAGACUCUUCGCUGCGGUUGACGACACCCUCGGUGUUGUCCACACCCACGCAGUUGCCGGAUUGCUAGGUGGUAUAUUGACCGGCAUCUUUGCCGAACCAACACUUUGUGGAUUCUUCUUGCCAGCCACGCACUCUCGAGGGGUGGUCUACGGCGGCAUCCAAGUGUUCAAACAAAUCGCAGCUGGCCUGCUCAUCAUUGGAUGGAACAUUGUGGUGACCUCGAUCAUUUGUGUAGCGAUCCGGUUUGUAAUUCCGCUACGGAUGCCAGAGGAGCAGCUGUUGAUUGGGGAUGACGCAGUGCAUGGAGAAGAGGCCUAUGCUCUGUGGGGUGAUGGAGAGUUGUAUGAUGGUACUAAGCAUGAUCAGCAUUACUCGGAUGAUCCUUCACAGGGUAAGUACGCAUCAAGUGGUGCCACCCAGGUUGUCUAAGCUAAUCUCCACUAAAAUGUCAAUCUGAAUCGAAAUGUAUCUGUUACGUACAGUUGUGUACGAAUUGUCACUGAAAUAAU